AUGGCGCGCCUCCGGCUGCAACGGUCAGAACGGCUGCAGCACCUCCAUCAGCCAGCCAUCAAGGAGCUGCCAGUCGGGCCUUGGACGUUGCCACACGCCGUCCCAAGUCGCCUCUUGCUCUCAUACACAUAUCUCUUCCAUCCGAGGCCCCCGCCACCGAAUGUCGACUUUGUGACUGGGUACCCCGGCAUCCCACCAGGCCAGGACAGACCCCAAGCCUCAGUAAAAGGCGCGAUCGAGGUGCGCGUGCCCACGCAGGGCGUCAAGGCGAAAUGGGUGCGCAUCGAGCUGCGCAAAGUCGAGAUGCUCCCGGGCGGCGGUCCUGCGAAUACGUUUUACGAUUUUGUUGGUCCUAGUCCUGUUAACCUCUGGAGCACGUCGGAUGAGUAUGGGCUGCUGCGCUCGCAAGAUUUCCCAUUCUCGAUUCGGAUACCGGAGUCGAUACCGCCGUCGAUAUCGCUCGAUGGAAAAGCUGGGAUUGGAUACGAGCUCGUAGCAAGUGUAUGCACCAAAGGCAAAAAAGGAUUCCUACGGAAAGCCAAAUCCGUCGUCUCCUCCACCAUAGCACAGAUCAUCAUCGACAAGCACGAGCUGCACUCAACAUGGCCCGUGUACCAACAACCCGAGACACGGCACCUCGCACAGGAAGGCGUGAACCUCAUCGUCGAGCGGCGCAGCACCUGCUUCGGGCCAGGCGACCCCAUCGUGGUCCUCGCCACCGUCAAAUCAGACAGCCUGCACACCGUCAUCCUCCGCGGCUUCGAGAUGUCGCUGCGCGAAGCGACCGUGUUCCGCGCCGGCGCGCAUGCGGCGGGUAAAGCGCGCAAUGCCGCGCCCCAGGUCCGCCAGGUGAAUCUCGCGGAGGUGAAGGUGCCGGUGAGCGCGACGCUGUAUGGAGGCACGGCGCAUACGUCCGAGUUGAGGGUGAUGGUCCCGCCGUAUCAUACGACGACGACGUUGAAUGCUGCGAGGCAUAUUGAUAUCACGUAUACGCUGUGUGUGCGUGCGCUGAUGGGCACCGGCACCCAUCUUGUCAUGGACCUCCCUGUGGUGAUAUCCAACUGGCAAAAAUCCGUGUCGGAGGAAGCAAUCCAACGCAUCGGCCCAGCACCCAGCCUCUCCCUCUCCCCACCCGCCAUCGCAGCGCCCAUCACGCGCAUCGACCCCAUCCGCCCCGGACCCUCCUCAUCCACCCUCCCCAUCAACCGCAGCACCAACGACGGCGCGUACACCCACACCCGCACAUCCUCCUUGCAAGCAUACAACACCCUCCCCGCCGCCAGCUCCGACGGCAGUGCCGGUGCAUUCGCGCACAGCCGCGUCGACGAGUUCGGCGCCAGCGCGAGUGCGAGUGCGAGUGCGGGUGCGGGUGCGCGCCCGGUGAUUUCUGUUGCGACGCCCUCGAUGUCCUCUGCGAGCGCGAGCGCGAGUAGGUUCGUGGUGAAGAAUGCGGAGGUGCCGCAGGAUUCGAUUGGGAGGCAGCGUAGUGCGCAGGGGUCUGGGUCUGGGUCGGGUUCGGGUUCGGGUGCGGGUGCGGGUGCGAAUAGGCAGCAGCAGCAACAGCAACAGCAAUGGCUGACGGCGGAGGACGAGAAGAAGUUGUACGAGCAGGCGCGCGCAAAGGUCGCGCAUACACAAGGUCCCGCCGCUGCACCCCCCCCAGCAUCGAUAUCCGCCACGAUCACGAUACCAAAUGCAUCUGGCUCCCUACCGCGCGGCGCAGCGUCCUCCUCCUCCUCGUCAGGAGCGAAACAGGGCGCAUGGCCGUCGGCUGAAGAGGAGAAACGGCUGUUCCAGGAGGCGCAGGCGGCCGUUGCGCGUAACCAGGGCAUGCAGCCCGUUAACGCCGUCAGCGGCGGUUCAGGGCACGCGAGGAAUACCUCUGACCCUAAAUCCUCUUCGGGCAGCGGCGGAGUGGGGUCGAAGCAGUCUGCUGCUGAGCUUUACGCCAGCGCGCGUGCGGCCGCCGCCGCCGCUAGUGUGGGUGCCCAGCCGUAUUUGACUGCUGCGCAGGAGAAGGAGCGGUACGCCGCUGCGCAGAGGGCUGUUGAGCGCAUGCAGAUGACAGCGUCGGACGACCCUCCACCACCACCCCCGCCUCCUCCAGCGAAUAGCGCGCCGAUCGCGUAUGAAUCUCUGUUCCCUGCGUCGCGGGGACAGGCGUCUGGUGGUGCGCCACCCGCGGAUGAUCCGCCGCCGUUUGCUCCUGCGGCUGGCGGGAGCAAUAUUAUGGCGCAUUUGUCGGAGAAGGAGAGGUUGAGGAGGCAGUAUGAGGCGCAGGAUGCGGCGAGGAUGGCGAAUCCGUCGCCUCCGCCGCCGGCACCGUAUACUGCGCCUCCGCCGGCGCCAGCACCGGCGCCUGUGCAACAGCAGCAGCAGAGAGCGGGACCGCCGCCUGGACAGUAUGCGAAUGCGUUCGAGGAGAAGGAGGCGCUUAGGAAGAAGUUUGAGGCGCGGGAUAAUGCGUAUGCUCAGGCUCAGGCUCAGGCUCGGGCUCAAGCACAGCAACAACAGCAACAGCAACCACAACCGCCUGCAAGGGCAGCUGCGCCGCCGCCGUCCCCUCCACCCGCCUCCGGAGGCUCGCACGCGCCGCUCCCGCGCAGUCCAGGCGCAACGGCGUCAGGAUUCCGCCCUGCUCCCGUCCCGCCUGGUGGUGCCGGUGCUGGUGCGGGUGUGCCAGUAGCGCCGGGGGCGGCGUCCCCGUCGAAAGUCCUCACGGCUGCUGAGGAGAAGGCGCUGUUGCGCGCGAAGUAUGAGGCGCGGGAUGCUGCGUCCACUACGCCCGCGCCCGCGCCGGCACCUGCCCCUGCCCCUGCUCCUGUUGCGGCGCCGGCGAAGGUGCUUACUGCUGCAGAGGAAAAGGCGUUGUUGAAGGCGAAAUAUGACGCGCGGGAUGCUAGCUCUGGAGGAGGAGGAGGAGGAGGAGGGAGACCCCAACCGCUUCCUCCUGUUAACACGAACGCGAAUGGGAACGGCGCGCCCACUGGUCUCCCACAUCCACAUCCACCGCCUAAAACGCCGCCUCCGCUGAUGCCGCGCCCGCCGGCGGAUUAUAUCAAGGAGACGCAGGAGGAGGAUGCGCGGGUGGCGAGGAUGAGUGGGGUUGGUGGUGGUGUGGGUGGGGGUGGGGGUGUGGAAGGGGUGAAUGGGAACGGGAAUGGGAAUGGGAAUGGGAAUGGGAUGGGAGUGAGCUUGGAUAUGAAGCCGUUCACGCCGUUCCGUGCGGGGUUUGAUACGAAUUCGAUUGGGCCGUCGGGGUCGCCUUCGGGGGUGCCGCCGUUGCCUUUGCCGAAGGCUGAGUGA